GCGGGUGUGCAGACCCGUGAGCGCAGCCGGUUGACCGGAGCGCGAGGGGCCAUUGCUGGGCACCUCCUCCCAAUCCCCGCGCCGCCUCCAGCGCGAGUGACAACGCGUCCUCCGGGCUCGGGCUGGGGCUCGGGAGCAGGAGUGCCGCGCGAACGAUCCCGGGCAGGGAAUGACUCGCUGCUGGUGACAUCACUCCCAAAGAUACUCCCCCCUUCUCAGUGCCUGCCUUCGCAAGGCAUCUGUCCGUUUGUCCAUUUACGUCUGCUGCUGGAGAGAGCUUAUUGCCCGGCCGGGAGCAGAGUCAGGCACCAAGGAGAGACAGGACCUGGAGGACGACGGAGAGCAAAGGCAACAAGGGAAGGAGGACCCUGGCAGGCGACAGAAUGAAAUUCAGCCCAGCGCACUACUUGCUGCCUCUCCUGCCUGCGCUGGUCCUCAGCACCAGACAGGACUAUGAAGAGCUACAAAAGCAACUGAAAGAAGUCUUUAAGGAGCGAAGCACCAUCCUACGUCAGCUGACAAAGACAUCGAGAGAACUUGAUGGCAUUAAAGUCAACCUUCAGUCUUUGAAAAAUGAAGAGAAAUCUGCCAAAACUGAUGUUCAGAAGCUUCUGGAAAUAGGUCAGAAACAAAGAGAACAAAUGAAGUCUCUCCAGGAGGCCCUGCAAAAUCAACUGAAAGAGACAUCUGAGAAGGCAGAGAAACAACAGGCCACUAUUAAUUUUUUAAAGACUGAAGUGGAAAGGAAGAGCAAAAUGAUCCGAGAUCUUCAGAAUGAGAAUAAAAGCUUGAAAAACAAACUCUUGUCAGGAAACAAGCUGUGUGGCAUCCAUGCAGAAGAGUCAAAAAAAAUCCAAGCACAGCUGAAGGAGCUUCGUUAUGGGAAGAAGGAUUUAUUAUUUAAGGCACAACAGCUUACUGAUUUGGAACAAAAAUUAGCUGUGGCAAGAAACACACUGGAGAAAGCAGCUCUUGACCGGGAGUCACAACUGAAAGCAAUGAAACAGACUGUACAACUCUGCCUGUCAACAGUUUUCCGUGACCAAUCACCACCUUUGAGUCUAAUCAGGUCAAAUCCCACUCAGAUGUCAAUUCCACCUGGUACAGUUGAUAUGAAGAUGCUAGAUACAAGGACAAAAAGCAAGCCUGAACAAAGCCCUCCUGGAAGCAGCGAGAACACACAAGUUGUUACAACAAAGGAAGAAAAUCCGAAUGUCCCUGAGUGCAAUCCUGAAAAUCUUUCACAGGAGGACAAGGCAUGUUCUAUGAAGCGUAAAGAAAAUCCACCAAACAACAGCACAGCAGAGCCAGAGGCUACUCCACAGAAGUUGCAAAUGUCUCCUUGUACUAAAUGUGAGGUGGAAAAAACCCAGGAAAAAAAAUUCACCAGCUUUGAAGGAAGAGCAAUGAAGGAAGAAAAAAUACUGUAGACACCAAGAAACUGUGUUUAAACAUCUAUUUGCUAUUGUCUUCAUAACCUUUUUAGACCACAGGCUUAAAAUGGAAAUACUGAAUUUUUAAAUCAUGCAACUUUUUCACAAUUUUAUGUUCUUUAUAAAUAGUCUUCAAAUUUUCCAAAAGGUUUCAGGCCAAUUAUGACCCUCAAGAAAUAACCUAAUUAGAAUGGAUAUCCACAAUCACAGCAAGUCAUUGUCAUCAGUAAAUUGCCCAGUAUAAAUUGGUUUGUUUUGAACUUAAGUGGAAUAUAAGAUUUGAUUAUAAGAUUUGAUUCUGAUGAUUGAUUUGGGUGUCUGGUACUUCUAUGAUCUUAUAUUUGAAAUCAUUUGGAGGAUAAAACAUUUUGUAUCCUCAGCAGUCUUAGAAUCCAAUUUCAAUCAUAUCAUGAAGAAUUUGGUCCACACUGGCUGAAUGGAGUCACGUUGUUCAAGGCUGGAAUCUGUGCCAAGCUGAAUAUAUUUUUUGAGAGUGACUAUUGCUGUUCUUAUUAUGUUGAACCAUGGCUAAGCAGUAGCAAGGCAAGUCUGUCAGGGAUUUAGUCAGUUCAUGUUAUUCAUUAACUGUGUAUGGUAUAAUAUGGACAAAAUAUCUAAAUGAACAACUAUAGUUCUGAUCUAACCAAUUAUAUAUAUUUUUUGUAUUCUAUACACACAUCCCUAUGGUUGUCUGCUGGAAUCACUCCAAGUUAGAAAGCAAGUUGUUAGAAAUGCUUGGCAUGAUUUUUGAUAUGAAAUUUGGAUAGAGGGAUGUGGGAUAGAAAGGAGGUUUCAAAAUUCAAAUUUGAAAGCAGAUAAUGUCCUUUUUAAAAAUGGGGAUCGGAUCAAAAUAAAACAGCCAUGUAGAGCCAAUGAACCCAGAUUUGUACCUCUAGAAAACAGAUGUAUUAUUAAAACAAAUCAAUGGCUAUGAUAAUCUUUGAAGUUGGGGCUCUAUAUAGGAAUAUGACUGAUCAAAUAAAUUCACUCCUGAAUAAUCUGAACAUAGCUCACAAGUAAGAGGAAUUGACACUUGAGUAAUUGUCUGACAAAUAGGAUGACUAUAACAUCAAACUUCCAGACUCCAAUUAAUGGAUUAAAUGAUCAAUCAUAGUUUGUCUGCACUGAAUACAUAUAGAUCAUUUGCAGAAAGCUAAUGAAACUGCAUAAUUUGUAUAAUGAAUAUGCAAAGCAGCAUUGAAUUCUGGCAGGCACUGAAUUCUGGCAGGCUGUGUUACAAAUACUUAAUUUUAUAUAUAAAUAUAUUUAAAUAUAUAUUUAUAUAUAUUUGUGAUUAGUAGAUACAAUUAAAUUCUAGGAUAUGAUGGCACACCUUUGAUCACAAAGACAUAUUCAAAGAAGUAUAGUGAUUUGGGGACAUGGCAAAUUCUCAUUGACUCUAAAUGGAAUAUUGUGAUAUAUUCAUGUAGCUGUUGUACUUACAGAUUCGUUCAGUGUCAUCAGCAUUUUUUCAGAUUACAGGCUACCUAAGAAUAAAAGAGUAUUAAUUUUAUAGAUGAUCCACAGAGUUUUCAGAUGAAGUGACCACGACAGAAAAAAGAUCAAGGUCCGAAGUUUCUGCUGAUUUCUUGCCCUAAAAAUUUAAUUCUAUCAAAAGGAAUUGGUUAGUUUCUCAAGUCCUUUUCCUUCUAUUAUUCCCACUAUAUCCACAAACCCUAACCAUCUCCAAAGGUUUUUGAAAGGGAAGUAGGUAGUCUUGUUUUAAUUUAGGUUUACAUUCCUCCCCUCACCCUGUGCCCCAACUUCACUCCUAGACUCUGUGGAUCUUACAAAAAGUUCAAUCAUCCAUUUCACUUUAGCAUAGUACGUUUACAAGGCAUUUUGGAACUACUAAAAAGAGAAUCAGACUGAUAUUUUCUAAAAUUUUUAUAGUGCAUCAUGAUGAACAAUGAGAAUUUGGCUUAACAUUAAUCAGAUUUGAACAGCUUAUUUUUUCCAUGCUCUAAAUGCUUAUCCUAGUAUUGAUAAUAAAAUUAAGUUGCUUUUCUUAAUUAUUGCCAUCCUCAAGUCUACUCCAAAUGAAUACAAUGUAUAUACUUUUUCUUUAAAUAUGAACAGCAUUAUGUGUCCUGUAGAGUUUACUGUGAUGUAUUCAUCGCAUUAUUGUUUCAAAACAAAAAAAAAAAUUUGUAGCAAAAGAGCUUUAUAAAUAUUUUUAAAGAAAUAUUCUGAGAGCUCCUUUUAAUAAUUAUGUAAUACUUUUUUUAGUAUGUCAUAUGACUUUAAUGGAUUCAUUUUAUUUCUCUCAAUCCUUUAAUUGCUUUACAAUAGUAUCAGAGAGGUUUAAAAUGCUUUACUUACACAUGUGGCUUUUGCCUACCAGAGAGGUGCCAUUUCUUAUUAUAUCUCUUAAUUAAUAGUUCUAUAAAUAGAUGGUUGUUUUUGAGGAGUUAAUCAUAGCCUAACUACCCUCACAUGAAAGAACACAUUAGCCUGAAUGUUGAAUUUAGAUACAUAGUUCUAUUAGGUACCUGUAAUGGUAAGCAGUGGAAGAUUUCUUGUUUUGCAGAAGACAAAUUGAUUUCUAUUGAGAAACAUACUUUUUGAUGGAAUGACUUAAUAUAGGGAUUAUCAAAUGAUAUCAAUUUAUUUCUCUCUAGUUUUUUUAAAAAAUACUAAUCAUGCUAUGUAUUCAUUCUAAGUUAGCAAUUUGUUUGGACUUUGUGUCUCCACUUAUAUUUAUUAACUAUGUAAAUUAAACUAGUGCCUCAAGUGUGUAAGACCUAAAUGAAUGCUGACUGUAUCUAUCCAAUGCCAACAUUCUCAGAUGAAAAGUGAAAAAAUCAGUAACUCGUCAGGAUGUGAUUUUCUGCGUGAUCUCAAAUCUCUAAACACUGAAUAUAUUAAGUGGCUAACUAUUUUUUCAUUCAUUAAUUAUAUAUUUAGCAAUGAUGAACUGCUAGUUUGGACAUAAUUCUCUUUCAUAACAUACACUGGAUUACAAGUCUAAGACAGUUAACAUGUGAAGGGCCUUUUUCUGUUUCAGAUUGAUAAUGUGGACAGCUGGAUUAAAACGAUUUCUGUGAAUUUUGAAUAAUGAGAUCUUUUCCUUUUAUAGCUUAGGUACUGUAAUUAGCACUAAUUGAGGCAGAGGCUGAAAUAUUACUGACUCUUUAGAGCUCGGUGAGCUGGCCAGACCUAGAGAGUGAUGCAAGCUUGCACUUGUUUACCGAGGGGGCAUUUUCUGUCAUGUGCACAGUCCAAAACGUCCUCAGACUCUUUGUUCUUAUGGACCAUGUAGCACAGUAUUUAUGGCCGAGUGAUGAAGGGUAAAGGAUACUGAAAGAUGGCCUAUUUUCCCUCAGUAAAGAUUCGCUACCAAAACUACAAUGUAUAUUACUCUACAUAAACUAAUAAAAAAAACAAACAUUAACACUAUAAAUAGUGCUUGCUUCUGGGUAUCGAGAUGUAAGAAUUUUUUAAAGAUGUCAUCCAGGAAGUUUCUUCAAUCUCUCUUUACCAGCGUCCUGAAAAUCUUUUAUUUUAUUUGGAGUGUUUUUUUUUAAAAAAAAAAUAGAGUUCCAUGAUGGCAGAAGUUUUUGUCUUUUUUCUUUUUUUGCAAAUGAAUCUCAAAUGCUUAGAAGUAGCUGCCUCAUAGAAAGUACUCAAAUAUUUGCUGAACGAAUUAAUUGAACCCGAAGCUGCAAGGGAAGAAGGAAAGGAAGCAGAAAGGGAGUCUCCUUUAGUAGAACUGUUCCCAUAAAACCACGUGGUGUCUGCUGCCCAUAAAUUCUGGAAGCAGAUGUUUGGUGAAAAAAGAAAGGAGUCUUUAAUUUAAAAGCUACAUAAUUUUGGAAGAAUAACAGGUUUCUGCCUCAAAGCCAAUUCUUUUUAAAAUGCCCUAAGGAAAAUAGCCCCUCCAGGUUUUGCCACAUCAGUUCAAGGUCACUUCUCCGAUUUA